GAGAUUGUAUGGACGGAUCACAUUAGUAUUCCUGUCCUAUCAAUGUGCCGGGCCACGACCAACGUCAGCCGGACCGACUCCGUGCGUCUGCCAGUCCCGCCACGGAUUCAUCUGGGAUCCUCACACAGAGCAGCCAGCAGAGACCAGGGAUCAAGGCGCAGAUUAGCGCCAGUUGCCUUCUGCGGAACAGCUGGCCCCUUCCAGGCCUGGCGACCGUGGAGGGAGGGGAAAAGCGAACCGCGCACCGCUGCGGGAAGACACCGAAGCAAGAGAGACACCCCCUCCCGCCCCCCACCUUGCAGCGCAGGCUUUUGAACGCUGCUUCCCCCAUCUGAAUGGAAACUCGGAACCGCCCGGCGGCGCGUUCCUCUUCGCUCAGCCUGUCAAUCCAUGCCGAGAGGAAGGCGGUGCAAGCCCGCGCCAGCAGCGUCCAGCUCCCGGGACAGGGUCGGCAAUGCUGCUGAGCAGAACUUGAUCGCGCCUCUUCGUCGCUGCUAGUGGAAGCGAUGCUGCACCGCACAGGCAGCGCUUCCCCGGCUCUCCUUCAAGCUGAAGGUUACCCACCCGCGCAGCCAGCCGCAACCUUGUGAGCCGCGCGCGCCUCGGGGUCGGGGCUCCGGCUGCUCCGCGGCGGCGUGCAGGGGCAACCACCGGGCCGCCCGCGCCGGGGCGCACUGCACCAGCGGCUUCGGCUUGGUGGAUGUGUAUGCAUGAGUUCUGCACCGAAUGGGCGCAAAAAGCGCCCCAGCCGGUCCACCCGCUCCUCGAUCUUCCAGAUCAGCAAGCCUCCGCUGCAGAGCGGGGAUUGGGAGCGCAGGGGCAGCGGCUCCGAAAGCGCCCACAAAACCCAACGAGCCCUGGACGACUGCAAGAUGCUUGUCCAAGAGUUCAACACACAAGUGGCCCUGUACCGAGAGUUGGUCAUUUCUAUUGGGGACGUCUCGGUCAGUUGCCCCUCGCUCCGGGCGGAAAUGCACAAGACAAGAACCAAAGGCUGUGAAAUGGCCCGUCAGGCACACCAGAAGCUGGCUGCCAUCUCAGGCCCGGAAGAUGGCGAGAUCCAUCCCGAAAUCUGCCGGCUUUACAUCCAGCUGCAAUGUUGCCUAGAGAUGUACACGACGGAGAUGCUGAAAUCCAUUUGUCUGCUGGGGUCUCUCCAGUUUCAUCGGAAAGGGAAGGAAGCUAGUGGAGGAGUGAAGAGUUUGGACAACAAAAGUGAGGAGAAUGCUGAAACACCUGCCCUGGAGGACUCCUCUUCCCCUCUAGAGAGCCAGCAGCAGCCCUGGCAGGUUUCCACAGACAUCGAGAAUACUGAAAGAGACAUGCGAGAAAUGAAAAACCUCCUAAGCAAACUCAGGGAAACCAUGCCUUUACCGCUGAAAAAUCAAGAUGACAGCAGCCUUCUGAAUCUAACUCCCUACCCCAUGGUGAGAAGACGGAAGAGAAGGUUCUUCGGGUUGUGUUGUCUUGUCUCAAGCUAGGUGGUUCCCCCUGGAAACUCACAGCCAAGAUCACCUGAAAAACACCCCAGAGCCGGAAGCCUCCACACAGCGGAACACCGAGAAUGGUUUUGGCCACCUUUUCUAUGCUUCCUUAUUACUUUUAUCCGCCUCUCUCCGCCCUUUUAAAUGAUUUUACACUUGAAAGCAGCUGCCAUCAAGGAAAAAAAAAAGAACAGAUUCAAAAAGGCGCAGCCUGUUUUUAAAGGGAUUUUUAAAAAGUUGACAUUGUGCAUGUCUGCUCUGAACCAUGCCAUGACAGAUGCAAGAAUUAUGAUUUUUAAAUUAUUUAAAGGUUUUUUUAAAUGUAUUAUACAGAGAAAAAUUAUUUCACAUAUAAUAGUAUAUCUGUAGCUCUUGCUGAUUUCAUGUUAACAAUUUAUCAGAUAUGAAAGAUGUCUCUAAACAUAGAAAUCUAUUUAAAACAGCAAAACUGUUUAAAAAUGUGAUCUCUGAGUAUCAUUAGAAAUACUACUAUAACCAAACACACACCACCUCACGUGUUGCUUUCUCUGCACUCAUUUACAUAUAGUCUUCCAUUCUGUCAGAAUCUAAGUGUCAACAUAAAAAAAACUUAAGUUAUAAUGCAACAAAACCACAUGUGAAAAAUACAUUUUGUAAAUACACAGGAAUCCUAGUAUCUUCGUACAAUGCAUAUGGGCAACUAAUUUUCUUUUAAUCCAAUGGUGUCUUUUUAAGCUUCUUGGAAAAUGAAGUUAUCCAGUUAGGAAAUGGUGUAGUAACAUAUACAAUUACCCUCAGAUGUAAAAUUGAAUAUUAUCACAUUUUGUUUGAAUUGAAAUCUGAAGCAUGGAGUCCGCACAUCAGCAUAAUGUUAAAUCUUUUAGGGCAUGCUGGAAUUAGCUCAGAUCAUAAAACUCUUUAAUAUUUUACAUUAUUAAUGAAAAAAAUGUUUUAGUUAAGCUUAGCUUGUCUCAUUUUAGAUGACUAUGCAGAUAUGGCUUUUCCAAUGUUACUCUGUGUCUUGUCUUCAUGUCUAGCAUCUUGAGAGCAGGACACAUUAAGCAAUACUGUACUUUAGGAAAGAGGGAGCCACGCGCUAUGUUUCUCUGCUCACGGCUCUGUUAUGCGCUUUUUCCACUGAACCUGUUAUAACGGUACAAUCCUGUUUUUCCUUCUAUCCUCCCUUUGGCCCUUUUCCCAGGCAGAAUUUCCCAAGAGCUGGAAGAUGAAUCUUCACUCUUCUUGCUUUAUUUUCCAUUCUCUGGACAAUCUUCAUGUCAGACAGGACGUACCAGUGCCCAAUCUUGAGAGGAUCAAACUAGCUUCAAAUGGCUCUAAUCCCACCCUGAGGAGGCAGGCACUUAUGCGUACACUAAUAUCCUGGUCUAAGAAUAAAAUAUUUUAAAGCCUUUUACCUUACAGAAGAUGGAAAGCAUGGAUAAUUCUUGUAUUGGGUUGAAUUCUAUGAAAUGGCUGAUAUUUGACUGUUUUGACCUAUAUAAAAAAAAAUGGCAAUUUCAAGUAGUUCAACCUAAUAUCUAGAAAGGAAAUCGUACAGCACUUGAUUUUCUCCUAUCCAAGAAUUCAGGGAUGGAAAAGGCCUCCAAAGUCUAUCAUUGGUCUGUAUUUCAAUCCCACCAGUUACUGUUGACCAUAUUCUUGGAACCUCGCACUAUGUUCCACUGAGCUGGUAACUAAUGCAUUGUUACGGGUACGAAUUGAUUCAGUAAAAGAAGUACUUUUGACAAAUUGUGUGAGAAAAUUAUAGUUUUUCUGAAUCAAAAUGUUCAUGAAGCAAUGGAAGGAAUGUGUUGCUUAAAGACUCUUUACAAAGCAAGGAACUCUUCCCCACUCACCUGGUCCGCCAUCUUGAAUAAAGCUGAGUAUUUGCCCCCGAAUACAGCUCAUCUCAAAUGAGACAACCCCUGAGGUUAUCUCAUUUAUGAGCUAUCAUUUCUAAAUGGCAUGUUCUCAGCUCCCGUCUCUGUUCUGUCAAACGCUCUGAAAGGACUGAUCCCUACACUUCAGCCUCAUUCCUAGUGAUCCAUGCAAACUCACUGAGUUAAAACCCCUUGUGUGCAGCACACCCUUGCUGAGGCCUGACCUAAAUCGCUCCUGCUUUGUUCAUUUGUGCUCGCUCUCUCCUUAGUCUCAGCGUGAUAAUAACACCUUCUGUGCAAUUGUCCUUUGUACAACUAAAGACUGUUAAAAAAAAAAAAAUUCAGGUCUCACCUCCAUGUCUGAGAAGGUCAUGGUAGCUAUUCAUGGAGAUGGGAAUUGUCUAAUUACCUAGCCAGACUUCCGUAUCUAAGGUAAUCUAGUCCAAGCACCUUAUCUUUUAUUCAGUGCCUGUUUUCCAGCCUUUGCUCGGUUUUAUAGUUCCCAUAGACACACUCCAAGAUUUACAGACGACCAUUCAGUAGCAGGUCCUAAAGCAACAUUUAGUAAUCAAAGUUCUGAUAACUAUGUUGGUUCGCGGUUGCCACGGUGAUUCACCACCUCCCCUUAGAUGUGCCAAGUGCAUCCAGUAGGAGCUGCUCCUCUCUCCUGUCACCAGUGGGCUUUCUCAGGCGUGGUUCCAUGAGAUAAAUAAGUUCUGCUGCCUCUGCUCCCUGCAGGAAAUUGUCUUUGCACUUCCAGAAGCAACCAGCCGAUCUGGGGUAGGAGAAAACACUGACUAUUGUCUCACAAACAAACACACAUGCAUCAAACAGAAAAGGAUGACACUUCUUUUUUGUGUGGCACACACUCAUUUUAGCACCGUACUUUUUAUAUCCUCUUUCAGUUUUCCCUGCAAAUUAUAAAGAAUACAUGGGGGUUUUUUGGGGGGGAGGGGGGAACCUGUAAAACAUCACCAUGUGUCAAAGUAAACAUCAUCUGGACUCCACCACAAACGUAUUGUUUAAAACCAAGUUCCUGGGCUCUCAGUCAGUAGGGGUUGGGCCCAAAGACAUAUGAAGUAGCCUUAAAGCCACAGUAUCACUUUAAUGUCUGACCCCCGAUGUUUAGCGUCUAGAUGUAGACUCACUGCAAACUGCCCUGUUGUGCCAUUCACUAUUCGGGUACAAAGAAAGCUGUAGAAGCAGCAGGGCGCUAAUGCCAGGCAAAAUUCUCAAGCCCCACCCGACCAUUUGAGUCCCUCCUUUACUCCAGUGAAAAGUUAGGAUGCUCAGAUUUAGGCAAUACUGCCACCUAGUGGAAGCUAAGGUUCAAGCUGACACAAAGCAAAGACUCAAAGCACCUCAUUUAUUUUAGAAAACCUGUGAAUGGACCAGAUUAACAAUGAGUCCAUUAAGGCUUCCAGACUGUGAAAGUCUCAUGAUUGAAAUAAUUAAGAAUUAUCAUGCAGCCUAAGACUCUUCCCCACAUAUCUGUGCCUAAACAAUAUCUGCGUUUUCCUUUUGUUCUAGAAUAUCACGACAGAAAACACUUACCUUUGCUGUAACUAUAGGAAGAAUGAGGAAGAACAGUGCUAUUUUAUCAGUCUCACAAUAAAUGGCUAUAACUAACUACAGCACCCACUGUACACUAAAUAACAGAAAAUAACUGAGUACACUACACUUCAAAUAUGAGAAAAGUUUGGAUUAAUUAAGUUAUUUGGAAUAAUUAGUUAACCUCUCCUGGGAGCAAAAUUUGGUCCAUAACUUAAUCAAUAUGAAUUCUAGAUGAAGUAAAUAUUCACAUUUUAAAAUGUAUGAAUAAAUAAUAAACAUGAAAAAGACUUAUCAUAUCCAUGAAGAUAUCAUUUUAAUGUGGGAGAUAAAAGCCUUUCUAAGCAUAAUACCAAAGGAAGAAGUGAUAAAGAAAAGAUGGAUGGGUUGGACUGGUACUAUUUUUUAAAAGAAUGUAAAAGUCCUAUACAGUAAAUAUUAAGCCAAAUUAAGAGAAAGUAAUAUUUGCAAUCCAUGCAAGAAAGAUAUUAGGGCUCUACUAUAUGAAUAACCACAGCACUUUGGGGAGGUCUUCAUGGUCUACAAGACUUGCACUUUUUCCAGUACUGCUUGUAUGAUUGUUGGUUCAUCCCACUAAACUGAAAGUAUGAAUGGCAACCAUCACAUACAUUUUGUUUAACAUUGUUCUCUCAUCUCCUAACAUAGUGCUGUGCACAAACCAAAUAACGAAAACAUAGUCAUUGAAUGAGUGGAUAGUGAAUGAAUGGCAUAAAAAGUAUUGCGUGAUUCAGAAAAAGAAUCAAACUUUCCAGUACAUUCCAAUCUAGAGAGGGAAUCAAGGGAGUAAGUAACAUACCACAAGCUAAAAUAAUCCACUGAUAACACUGAACAUAUUUGGAUUUACUAGGGACAAAAACUGCACAUAUGAACAACUCAGAAAGGCAUGUGUAUAAAUCAUUCAAGUUCCUUUAUACGCAUAGUAAGAGAACAUAAACAUUCUCUUGUAGUCAACAAGAGCAUAAACUGAUCCAACCUUUUCAGAAAAUGUUUUGGUACUAUAUAUUUUUCAAGCACUCUCAGUAAUUUCACAAUAAGGAAAAUUCUCCUUUUAAAUGUUCAGCAAUGGGCCAGCAAGAAGACUCAACAAGGAAAGGCUCUUGCCACCAAGCAAGCUAGACCCCACCCCCUGGACUCACAAGGUGGAAGGAGGUAACUGACUCCCCGGCAGGUUAGCCUCUAAUCUGCACACACACUAAAUAAAUGCAAUUAUGUUAUUUAACGUUCAGCAAAAAAAAAAAAAAAAAAAAAAAAAAACAAGUGAGCUGAGAUACAUUUAUUCAUUAUUUUAAAAGUCAUACAAGAAAGGAUGUUUUGUAAAUAUUCCUACAUUUAUAUGGUUAAAUACGGUAUAUCAUUUCAAUGGAUACUGUGCACCAAUUCAGAAUGUUCACCGUGUGUAUUUAUUGAAAUGUACAGUCUAUGGUAUUAAAGGGAGAAAAGGAGGCAGUAGGAGAAUUUCUGGAGAAGUACCCUCUUACAAACAUGCCUACAUUAUAGAGGCUGAAAGGAUGUUCGCCUACAGGAUUUCUUUCUGGGAGGUGAGAUUAGGAGCAGUUGUAUUUUCUUUCUGCAUAUCUGUGAUUUCUGACUUUUUCACAAUGAGCAUGUAGUAUCUGUAUAAUUUUUUCAGGGAAUAAACACUGACGUUGACAAUAUAUAUUAAAUGAAAAACAUGUUAUAAAACAGUAUGUAUAGUAUGAUACAAUAUUUGUAAAAAAAGAAAAUCACAUAUAAAUAUAUCUAUGUAUGUAUAUAUAUACAUAUGCAUAAGAAAGCUAGAAGGCCAUACACUACAAUGUUAAUAGCAGUUAUCCAUGGGUAGUGGGAUUAUGGGUGAUUAUUUUUCUUUUUGCUUUUCUGUGUUUUCUAAUUUUUCUACAAUGAACAUGUAUUACUUGUGUAAUAAAAACUAAUAAUAAAAGUUCAAAAAAUAUGUAAAGCAGA